AUGGCCUCGAAGAAGGCGGCACCCGUCGACGACAUCGAUGAUCUAUUCGCUGGCAUAGGCGACGACGCUGGCUCCAAGAAGCCAGCUAAGCCCAGAGCAGCAGCCCCCAAGGCGCGGGCAGAUAAGGUAGAGGAUGACAUCCUCGCCGACCUCGAGAACCAGCUGGGAGAACAGCCCGCCCGUCCCCAUACACCUCGAGUGAAAGAAGCAUCCAAGCGCUCCGGCACUGCGACUCCCCCGCCCGCCGCCGGCAGGCUCUCUGAGGAUAGGGCCAACCUUCCCCGCAAGUCAGGUGAAAGCACCCGAUCGUACCAUGCCAGCUUCACACCGAGCGCUACGAGCUCCGAAGCUCAAGAACCCGAGAAGAAGGCUCCUGUUGCUGUCGCCGAGCCAGCUGCUCCAGCGCCCGCUCCAGCUUCAGCUCCCGCUGCCUCCAGCGGUGGGGGCUGGUGGGGAGGCAGCAGUUGGGGGGGCAUCCUUUCAACGGCUGCGGCCACCGCCGCCGCUACAGCUGAGGCUGCACGGAAGCAAGCCGAGGCAGCAUACACUCAGAUUCAACAGAGCGAAGACGCCAAGAAAUACCUGGAGCAGGUCAAGGGCAACGUUGGCUACAUCAAAACCUAUGGUGACGAGCUACGACACCGUGCGCUGCCAACUUUUGCCGACAUUUUGCACACACUUGCGCCGCCGAUUUCUUCCCACGAGCGUCUCCUUAUCCACAUCACGCACGACCUCGCCGGAUAUCCUUCGCUCGAUCCUCUGAUUUAUGGCGUCUUCAGCCGUGUCAUGUCGCAAGUCGAGGGAGGCGACCUGCUGGUUAUUCAACGAGGUCAAGAGAGCACUGCCCGUCGUGCUUCUGAUGCUGCCUAUCACACUGGCUCUUCGUCGUCGUCGGCGGGCUGGCGUGAUGGUCCAUGGUGGCGCCAGGUUGAUGUUCCCCGCGACCUCGGUGUCGUCAAGGGUCUCGUCGAGGGGACGAAGCUUUGCCGCGUAAGCGCCGAGAGCUAUGCCAACGACUACUUCGCUGCCAGCGGCGGCAUCUCCGAGGCCCAGAAGCGAGCAUUGGAGCCUGUCAGCGAGGAGAACCCGGUGCGAACAAGCGAUAUUUUUCUUGCUGUUCAAGCCAUCACCGUUGAUGCUGAUACGGCCCUGUUUGCUGGGAGCACUACGGGCGAGAAAGAGAAGGAGGAGAGCUCGGUCGUGGACGACACUUCGGAUACUCAGGUCUGUUUUGCUAUCUAUGUGCUUGAUCCUGUCCAUGAGAUUACCUACAGCACCGUCUCUCAAAGCAUUCCUGCAAAGUGGAUCCGCUGGCUUGACGCACCCAGUCCCUUGACUCCCGCCAGCAGUGAGUCUGAGAACCAGCACAACAAUGAGCUGGAGCUUAUCCCAGAUGAGAUUCGUGAGAUUGUAGAAAGUGGUGGGGUUGAUCCAAGAGAAUGGGUUGCAGAGUGGGUGGAGGAGGCCUUGAGUCUCAGCUCUGGAGUUGUUGCUCAACGUUAUGUUGCCCGGAGGAUGGGUGUUGGUGAAGGUGGUUUCGGAAAGGGCAAGCAGAAGGUCGACGCUGUUGUCCAAGACGGUGGUGGUGAGGCUGCCAGGGCCGGUCUGAUCUGA